AUGGCACAAACGUUCCGCUUCUGGACUUGUUGUGUUUCCCAAUGUUCCGCCGCUGCUGCGAUCGAUGUCGGUCUCUGCGAGCGCUGUAAGCAGCAUUUCUGCGCCUUUCACGCCACUACCCCAACACAUUGUUGCAAGAAUGAGCCUCUUGAUGACGAUGCAUGGGCGGCUGCACUAACAGAAGAAGCAACAACCCUUCGACGCAUGGUCAAUGACAAGAAUCUCCUGCGCCGAGCUUCAGAGCGUAAUAGAGGCCUCAGUUGUGAAUUUGACCCUUUGGAUCCUAUUGGGCAAAAGCGGAUGGGUGGCAUGCACAUUCAUCUUCGAAUCAUUUUCAGCGAUGGAACCGCCUGGCUUGCCCGGAUUCUCCGGCAAAACUACACCUCGUUCUCAGACAACAUGAGUAACUAUUGCCUAAAGAGCGAAUGUGCCACCCUGGAAUGGCUCCAAGGCAUAAACGUACCGUCGCCUAAACUGUAUGACUUUGGUCUGCGCAAUGAUCCCGAGAAUGAUGUUGGAGUUGCCUACAUGCUGAUACAGGAACUCCCUGGGACGCCUUUACUUUUUCUUAGCCCAUCGAAGGAGCAGUUGCGUAAACUGUACAAUGGCUACGCCGAAAUUUUGUGUACAAUUAACAAGUACCCACUUGAGCAAAUCGGCUGUCUUUCUUUACAGCCCGAUGGCACCAUCUGCAUGGGGCCCAUCAUUAGCGACCGGACGGGUACAUUUUCGCAGAUGGGGCCCUUCUGCAAUGCACGAGAAUACUACGCGACGUGGGCGGAGAAGUAUCUCCAGAUGAUCUGCGACCGCCAGCUCUUCACUCGGUACUCCGUCAAUGCCUACCUCAUCUUUAAAUAUCUCAAAGAACUGGCGGAACAAAGACAGUGGAAUCCCUUCGAACCGAGCAUUGACAAUGGCCCCUUUUUUUUGAAACACAUGGAUGAUAAAGGCGACCAUAUACUUGUGGAUGAGGAUUAUAAUAUUACUGGUCUUAUCGACUGGACGUUUGCUAGGGCGGUGCCAAUGUAUGAGGCAUUUGGACCUUCGCUUCUGACAGCAGAAAUGAGUGACAUAUAUGAAGGUAAAGCUGGGCGAUCCUGGGGGGACAGAAUCUUGGCUGAGGCCUUACAGACCAAGGAUAAGCAUCUACAUCGCUUUGCCAGCGGCUCUGAUCUAGUUCGCCGCUUCUUCUUUGGCCUCGGAAUGGGUAUUGACAUGUCCUGGGACGAAGCAGUUGCCUUAUUUCGAGGUAUCGUCUCUACGGCUCAAGGAAGCAGCUUAGAACUUGACUGGGAUGCAUGGCGUCAAAGUCAUCUAUGCCAAUGGGUUGAUGAUGCGAGGUUGCAAGCCCUUAUGCUCAAACUGGGAGAAAGCUAG